AUGCUUUUAGCAGGAGACAACCUAAAACUGGUGCAAGACACUAAAGCAGCUCUACAGCAAACCUUCAAAAUGAAGGAUUUAGGGGAACUAAAAUAUUUUUUUGGGAUAGAAUUUGCAAGAUCAAAACAAGGAAUUCUGAUGCAUCAGAGAAAAUACUCCUUGGAACUUAUAUCAGAACUUGGAUUAGCAGCAUCUAAACCUAUCAAUACACUUAUUGACACAAGCAUAAAGCUCACUACAAGAGAGUUUGAUGAACACUUCUCCAAAACUAAUCUGGCAGAAGAUGAACUACUAGCAUACCAAGCCAAAAAAACCCACAUGGAAGCUGCAUUAAGAAUUGUUAGAUAUAUCAAGAGUCAACCAGGACAAGGCAUUCUAUUGUCUAGCAACAACAAUGAAACAGUUACAGCCUUUUGUGAUGCUGAUUGGGUAGCUUGUCCACACACCAGGAAGUCAAUCACAUGGUAUUUGAUCGAGGUAGGUGAUUCACUAGUCUCAUGGAAUUCCAAGAAACAAAGUAUAAUAUCCAGAAGCUCUGCUGAAGUAGAAUACAGGAGCCUAGCAUCUACUGUUGCUGAGUUAACAUGGUUACUAGGGUUAAUGAAAGAGAUUGAUGUAAAAAUUGAUCAGCCAGUUACUAUUUUUUGCGACAACAAAGUUGCUAUUCAAAUGCCAGCCAACCCAGUCUAUCAUGAAAGAACAAAACAUAUAGAGAUUGACUGCCAUUUCAUAAGAGAAAAGAUUCAACAAGGCAUGGUAAAAACUGAGUACAUUCCUACAAAAGAGCAGCCUGCAGAUAUGUUUACAAAAGGAUUGAACAGAGUGUGCAAUAUCAGUAUUUGA